AUGAUGGUCAAGGGCUGGUCGCGAAACUUGGCCCACUUGGGCUACUUGGAACCAAAUGGAGGUUCCACCAAACUGUACAAGCGAUUAGGACGUGGUGCCUCUUCAGGAAAAGGUAAAACCUCCGGGCGUGGUCAAAAGGGUCAAAAGGCCAGAGGAAAAGUUCCACACUGGAUGGAAGGUGGUCAAACUCCGUAUUUCAAGCAAUUACCCAUGAUUGGAUCUACGAAGGAGUACGUGCCUGUCUUUCAUGAGGUUUACUUGAGCAAGAUCCAGGAUUUCUGGAAGACCAAGAGAAUACCAUUGGAAGAAGGAGACACUUUAACCAUCAAAGUGAUGAGAGAAUGCGGCAUCAUCACCGGUUCGUUGAAAGACGGGGUGAUGCUAAUCGGCACGGGAGGAGCGGGCCAGGACGAAUAUAAUGUGCCGUUGAACGUUGAAGCUUCCAAAGCGACCGAGGCGGCAAUUGCGGCAAUUGAAAGCACAAACCACAGCUUCACAGCAAGAUAUUUCACAACUUUGGGACUCAGGGCCCACGUCAACCCCGAAAAAUUCUUGUUGAAGUACGGCUACGUUCCUUUGCAAGCAAGACCAACAGAUAAAAAGAGCAUAGCUUAUUACAGUGACCCUGAACAGCGAGGUUAUUUGCACAAGGACCCUUCAAUCCUUACAGAGGCAUUACAAGCUGCUCGUGAACAAUUGAAGGUGCCAAAACCGAAAAAGAGCAAAUCCAAAUUCAAAUCGCUCCUGGAACAAUUGAUGGAGGCUUCUUCGGUGGCGUUUGCAGAGACAAGCAAGACAGUCAAGAUUUCUGAACUAGUCUAA